AAACCGCAUUUUGACAGCACUGGUAGCAAUGUGUGCAAUCGUCACUGUAGUAGCAAUAGUUAUAGCUGUAGUGGCAGUGUCGAGAUCCUCGACCACUCCAAACAUCACCAUCCAAGGCGACCAAACGACAAUAGGUGGCAGCACCUCUGGACAAGGUUCGUCUGCUGGGAGUUCUGUUGGGAGUUCAGGCUCAGCAGUCUCAUCAUCAUCAGGAAGAAGGAUAUUCACGAUUGCUCUAGGACAUGAUAUUGGCCCUUUUGAAUAUAUGGACUCCUCCGGCUACUUGACAGGCUUUAAUUUGGAUUUAAUUGACGCGGUGUGUAAAGAGGCCGGCAUGGUCUGUCGCACCGUAAGGGACAAGUACAGCAAUUGCUGGGACACCACCCCAGGACAACCCUCACACGGCGGGCAUGGUUUGAUAGGCCGUUGGUACGAUGCCUGCACCGGCUGGUCUGGUACCGUACAGAGGCUUCAGGUCUUCAGUUUUUCUUCGUCAUACGUUAAGCCCCUGACCAUUUCUUUAUUUGUCAAAGCAGGGCACGCUGUUUUGUUAACGUCCAGAAAUUUAGCUAACAAGAAAACAGGCUUCGUUGAUGGCUGGGUUUGUGACGAGAACUGUCUGGCCAGAUGGACCGACGUCACGGGUCAGGACAAUAUGACCGUCGUCCACGCUCCGAAUGCUGGAGAUAUCUUUGCCAAGUUGAAAAGUGGCGAGAUAGAUGUAGCAUUUUUACCUGUCCUGGCUAUGGCAGGCCAUACAUCAGGAGCCAACCCCGAGUUUGAACAAGUCCCUGUCGGUGGUUUUUAUUGCUCGGAGGCUGGACACGGGAUGAUGACACGGAAAGAUAACGACUUCAACUCCCAUUGGAACGUAGGGUUCAACAAACUGGUCUCCAGUGGGAAGUUUAAGAAAUUAUGCGACGCAGCGGCUACUAAACACGGUUUUCGUGGUCCUGUGGACUGCGUAGACGGCUAACAAUAUCAUUAAGACCGGAGAUGAGAAACAACAGAGAAAGAAGCCUAUAUUGGAACCCAAGUAUCAACUCCCCGUCGAAAACAAAACUCAGUUUCAAGUGUUAAUUGGUUUCCAAACAAGAGGAAUACCUUGUUCACAUCUGACGCAAUAUCAACCCUCUCUGAAGGCUUAGGAUGAUCGACCCGUGAACAUUUCUGUUCAAACAUGAAAAUGGACUCUUCCUCAAAGUGAACAAUUCAGUUACAUCAGUGACACAUACAUGUAUAUUGUGUUAUAGGUCUAUUUGCAUUAUUUUGACUUCCCUCGAUGUUUCACUGUUUUGUACCGUGGAUUCCUCUGCUGUAUUCCAGUAGUAGAUGUUUUACAUCCGUUUAGGUUGUUCUCAGCAUAUCUGUCUAAACGCCUUAAGUCGAAUGAAGAGAUAUUAUAGUUUUUGGAAAUCUAUAUAAUUUAAAAAAGAAUGCACACCACAUCCAGCUUAUUUUUAUGGGAGGUCUACUCCAACAGAUAUUUUUAUUGGUUAAACAUUAUAAUUUAUGCGCACUGUCUAGCACAAGUAAAUUUAAAUUAGUGCAUAAAAUUUUUUAAUUUGGCCACCCAUUUUUUACUUUUAUGAAAAUAAUAUUUAUAUUAUUCAGCGGCAGUUUGCCAAAUUCUAUGCAAUUUGAACAACCCUUUUAUAAAAAAUUUGGAUUUUUUGUUUUGAUGCCUCGAA